UAUAUUACUGUUAUUCUUAAGAGAAGUCCCUAUUAUGGUAUGGCUAAUAAAGGUACGAUUAUUCCUCAAAUAUCAAGUAGCCUACAUUUACACGUCGUGUUAUUAUCAUACGUGCAGAUAGACUUACAGCACAUUUCAUAUUAAGGUUUACUCUAGGAUGAUCACAAAAAAAUAACGUGGUGGCGAUUGGGGUUAGGAGGAGCAAUGAACAUCACAAAUGCAAUGCCACAUUAUAAUACACUUCAUGAAAACUUAAAUUAACUAACACUCAUAACGAAACCCCACCCAAUUUUAUAAAUUACUUUAUUGGUUAGUGGAUUUGUAAAUCCCGCCCCUGUAGAUCUGCUACCUGCAAUUGGUCAACGGUGACGACAAUCGUAAAACAUUCCCGCCUACCGAGAAGAUCAAGUUUGAAUGAAUAAGAGUCUAUUUCAAGAGGUGGUAGUUUUGUUGGCAGUGAUAACUAUACUCAAUAGUCUUUUGCACAUCAAGGAUAAACUAUUCAGAAAUGGAAAUGAAGAAGAGAAUUCAUCUAGAGCUGCGAAACCGCACUCCAUCAGACGUGAAAGAGCUAGUGCUGGACAACUGCCGCUCACAUGAUGGAGAGCUUGAGGGCCUCACAGAUGAAUUUGAAGAAUUAGAAUUUUUAAGCACAAUCAACGUUGGACUGACAACAGUCGCCCACUUGCCAAAGCUAACUAAGUUGAAAAAGCUUGAGCUCAGUGAUAACAGAAUCUCAGGUGGACUGGAGGUGCUGGCUGCCAAAUGCCCCAACCUAACACACCUCAACCUCAGUGGAAACAAAAUCAAAGACCUCAGCACAAUAGAGCCAUUGAAAGAAUUGGAAAGCCUGAAGAGCCUAGACCUUUUCAACUGCGAAGUGACAAACCUGAAUGAAUACAGAGACAAUGUAUUCAAGCUCCUCCCUCAUCUCACGUACCUGGACGGAUAUGACUUGUGUGACAAGGAGGCCCCGGACUCUGACGCAGAGGUGUACGCAGAGGGCCUGGAUGGGGACGAUGACGACGACGAUGACGUAGAUGAGGAGGAUGAAGAGGUUGCACCAGUAGACGAUGACGAUGACGAGGGUGAGGAAGACGAAGAUGAGGGGAAUGAAGAGGAGGAAGAUGACUUAAGUGGAGAUGAAAAACCAGAUUCGGAAGAGGACGACGAUGAUUUGAAUGACAGAGAAGUUGAUGAUGGGGAAGAUGAAGAUGGUGAAGAAGAGCAAGGCCAGAAGAGAAAAAGGGAACUUGAUGAAGAAGAGGAAGAGGAAGACGAUUGAGGAUUGCUUUCACUUUGUGUAUCGACUGUUUAACUUCCCCUCCUUCUCACUUCCCAGUCCCAUUUGUACUAUCUUUUUGAGUUUAUUUGAGUACUUCAUGUUAGUGGCCAGUCAGGUGUGUGUGUGUGUGUGUGUGUGUGUGUGAGAGAGGGUUGGGUUAGGGUUAAUAACUUAAUUUUAAGUAUAUGAGUCAGAGUUUCUGAUUCUCUGAUCUUAAUUGUGGAUUUUAAGCUCCUUUAUGGCGAUACGAUUUUGUAACGACACCUAAUAUGACAUUUUUUAAUAAUUAUCCCUGUUUGUGUAGGAAUUUUUCUUCUGAUAAAUUGCAUAUUUUAAAAUGGAACCAUCCCUUACAUAGAGAAAAGGUGCAUGUCUGAAAACUCAACCACUGGAACUCAUGUACGUCUGUCCUUUUCUUUCCUCGUCUUAAUCUUAUUUUAUUCUUUGUAUUGUACAUUUUAUAAGUAAGUUAUAUGUUUGUGGUGUCCCAAGUAUGCCAAUACUGUUGUUGUGGUGUGGAAAACUUCGUCUGAACAUGCACAGUGUGACCAUUCCAGGUCCCAUUUCUAAAUUAUAGCAAGUAAAGAUCUACCUUUGUCUCAGAUGCUCCAAUCUCCUGGACCACCCAGCUUUGAUAGUUCGGAAGUUACGUGUUCUUGUAAAUAAUGACCAAAAUCUAUUUUUUUGUAUUCUCUUUGAUGUUGGCUGACAUUAAGUACAAUGAGUUAAACAACAAAUUGUAAUAAAAAUAUAAACUUGUGUUUGCGGCUUUA